CCCGCCAGGCGCAGCAUGUUGUGGGGGGCGCCAGGCAGGAGGAGCCCAAGGGCCCUGGCAGGGAGCCCGGCAGUGCCCAGGACCACGUGGAGGCCGCGGCCGAGCGGGGCGUCCAGACUUCUAGGCUGUUUUCAGGUCUUGGCUGUUGCUGUGUGCCAGGCUGCUGCCACCUCCCCGGCUUGUUCUCAGAGCACAAACAGGACCUGUGAAGAGUGCCUGAAAAACGUCUCUUGUCUCUGGUGCAACACUAACAAGGCGUGCUUGGACUACCCGGUGGCAAAAAUCCUGCCCCCCGGUUCUCUCUGCCAGCUGAGCUCUGCACGCUGGGGCGUCUGCUGGGUGAACUUCGAGGCCCUGAUCGUCACCAUGUCGGUGAUUGGGGGGACCAUCCUCCUGGGCGUCGCCGUCUGCUGCUGCUGCUGCUGCUGCAGAAGGAAGAGGAGCCGGGGGCCCGACAAGAGCGAGGAGAAGGCCAUGCGGGAGCGAGAGGAAAGGCGGGUCCGGCAGGAGGAGAGGAGAGCAGAGAUGAAGUCAAGACAUGAUGAAAUCAGAAGGAAAUAUGGUUUGUUUAAAGAAGAAAACCCGUACGCGAGAUUCGAGAACAACUAGACGCAGUUCCUGCGCGUCCAGUGGCCUCGGCGCCUCUCCCGGGGCUGCCGCCCUGGCCCCUGGCUGAGGGGCCGUCAGAAGCCGCGCUCCCGGCACAGGCCUGUGAGCUUCUGUCCCUUUUCUCUUGUUUCUCUGCUUAGUCCCUGAGACAGGAAGCCUGUCACGGUUUUCUUUGUUGUUUGGUUGUUGACUUGAGGAGGAAGCCUGCACAUUCCAUCCAGCCCUGUAACCCGUCUGGUCUGCGAGCUGCGUGCAGACCCCCUCCCCUCCGUCCCCCGCCCCGCAUGCAGCUCAGCAGGAGGGAGAGCGUGUCCAUGUCCUCGUGGGACCCUUGUUUCCCCAGAACCACAGACGGCUUUCCAUGGACCCGGGUCCCAGGACACAGCCUGACGCUGCUUGGCCGCGGCCACACCAAGUAGCAUUGAAAUUUCUUUUUUGAGUAAUUGUUGGAUUUUAUUGUCCCACCUAAAAGAUUCCAUCAGAAAACUUUACUAGCAAAGUUCGGACCACAUACGGGAUGGCUUUUUAAUUUGUAUCUUUCCUGGAACAUCAAGUGUGAAACAGCCUCUCCGAGGGCGGUACUCGGGGAUCAUAGCUCCGGCCCCACUGACAGCAGGGCAGUCCCGCGCCCUUACAAGUGCUCCCUGAGUCUUGGGCCCGCCCUGCCUGCCUGCCACGGUCACUUAGGGAUGGUGGGUGACCGCAGGUCCGCCUUGGGAGGAAGGGGCCGCGCGCUGGCCACCUUCUCCGCUGGGCUCUGUGCCCUGGGGGCGGCGUGUGCCGGGCGGUGGGACGGUCCCCACGCAGCACAGGGGGUGCCGGCACCUGUCCCGCUUGUCAGACGACCCAGCUCCCAGCCUCGCCCCUUGUCUCGGGCACAUUCGAGAAGCCCCUUCAGAGGCAGCUUCUUGAGAGGGCUCGGGGCCUGUCCGAUGCCUGGGUGCUGCAUGCAGUGGUUCCACCUCCUCCAGGUCAAGGUGCGAGACUUGAGUUAGUAGUCCGAGUGCCCUGGUGGGGACAGCAGGCCGUGAGGUCACCGUGAGCUGCCUUUGUUGAAAGAGACCUGAAAAUAGUCCCAGUUGCCCAACUGCUUUGACUUAGAGAAACCCUGAGCUUUGGAAGGUGGGAGGCUGGUGUCCGCCCUUCACUCCGGGUCACAAGUUAGAGUCCGAUGAGCCUACACGGCCACCGCGGUAAGAGCGUCAACAGACAGCUGGGCGGCCGGCUGUCCACGAUGCAGCUCUGCGUCUCAAUGAACGGUUCUGCCCUCAGGCCUUCACCAACUGAGAAACAACCUUAGCAAACUCUUCAGUCUACUUCUCUGCCUUCUCGGGCAUCUGAUAGCGACUUAGAGUGUGAAACGUGGCUGCGUGUUUUAUAGCAGCCUGCAGAUUUUUACUUUCUACUCUUUGUUUAUAAAAAAAUUUGUGGUAGACUCCACUGAGCUCGAUAUUAGCAUGGUAGUUUCUGGAAAAUUGCUCUUCCUUGGCCCUUGGCGGCUGGGCUGAGAGCAGGGCCGUGAGUCGGGAAGUAGGACGGAGCCCCUGGCCCGGGCAGUGGCGUCUCGGCCGUGCGCUCCGACUCAGGUGUGCUGGGAGAAGCCACGUGCUGUAGCCUCAGGGGGACCGUAACGUCUGAGUGCCUUAAUCACUAACCAGUUUCCAGUCAAGGCUUUAAUACACGCUUUUAUUGAAUAUG